AUGUUGAUACACGAUGGUGAUACCUAUCUUUGGACCGGUUCCUUGGCCGACUUAAAGUGCUUUGUUGAUGAAAUUUUAAAUCUUAAAGGGAAGUGGAGCUCUCCAGGAGGCGAAGCGAAGCUGUUUUGUGCUACAAAGCCUGACUUUGUUAUUAAAUGGUUUGGCUGGCGGUCCCAGAAACUUGUGAUUCAAGUAGACAGUGCUGAGAACUUUUUAACACAGAAGUUUGAGAGCUUGGUGAACAAGAGUAAAGGAAACAAAGCUGAUAGCAAGAAUGGUACUGAUGGAGUGUUGUUAGCGAUGGCGAUACAGCGCAUCCUGCUGUCCUGGAGGUAUGUAAAUGUUCCUGCUCUGUUGAUCUAGAGGGCUUGAAGCUUGAAAUAACAAUUUUAGAAUCGCGAUUAUUUGCCGCAAUUUCCAAAAAUGAGCUUGAGUCAGAUAUUGAUUUGCUCAGAGUUAAACAGAAAGAAUCGGAAGCCGCUAUAAGACGCCAAGACGAUGUGAUUUGUACUCUUAACGAAGAGAAUCAAUUCCUUAAAGCAAGGCUGUUGGCUCUUGAAGAGUCGUUUCUCAAGAUAACUUAUAAUGUCAAUAAAGACAAAGAACCUGGCUUAUCAGUUUACAAAGCUAAAAGUAUUGACAAAGCGGCCGCUUUUCAUGCCAGUGAACAAUCUAACAAAAGUAACCUCAGCUCAAUUAACACUGAAUUACUUAAUACCUCUCAUGGCAAUAGUCUUGCUCGGCAUAAUAACAACGGACAAUGCAAUGCCGAUGAUUUGAAUAAUAAUCAAAUUGACUUUGCAAAUGAUGAUGCUGUGUUUUCCUCAAAACAGCAGAAUGAAAAUAAUACACACAAAGGCAUAAAUUCGAACUUGCAAUCCGAAUCGCAGCAGUCAACCAACAUAGAAGGGAAUAAACUUAGAUAUGAUCUGUCCCCAAAAACCUCUCAUGACAAUAGCCGUAUUAGUUACGAUCCAUCUCUAAAAACCUCUCAUCACAAUAGCCUUAUUCGGCAUAUUCGGCUGAUAUUCUUUAAGUGCAAUGGCGGAUGGUCAUGCAAUGUAUAGCUCUGUUAUAAAUACGCUUUUACCGGAUAAUAAUCAUCUCACUGACACAAAUAGUGAUUUGGCUAAAGAUCUUAGUUCUACACGAACGAUUAAUGAUGAAAUAACUGCCUUGGCUAUGAAGAAUCUGAAGUUAUCUUGGGCUGGUGAUUUCGAAUCUUUAAAACGUGUUGUUAGUGAUUAUAUAAAAUUUGACGGGAGAUGGACUUCGCCCGGAGGAGAGAAGAAAGUUUGCAGUAAUCCAGAUACAUCUAUCACCUGGUGGAAAAAUAAAAAGUUCCUUCUGGUUGAAGGUAAUCAAGCUGAAAGGAUAAUUGAACUAUUUAUUGUAAUUUUAACGAAUAUCGCUUCGUUUCGCCCUUCAGAUCGGCCGGGUAAUAUAAACAUAGAUCUCCCGAAUUCAGAUAAAAUUAAUCUUGUUAGUUCCUGUUCGUGCAAAUGUAACAAUUUGACUGUUGAUAUCGAAGGAAUAAAACUAGAUAACGUGGUUCUUGAGUCGAGGAUGGAACAUAAAACCAAUACUAACACUGAAAUUAUCAAUAAUGUACAACAAGAGUUGCUUAAGUUGCAGAGUAAAUGUGACAUGUUAGCAGAUCGAGUGGGGAAUAUAGAGAGCUCAAACGAUGAGCGAGACAGUGAUACUAUCGCUAGUUUGGAACGCCAAAAUAAAUUUCUUGUUGAGGAGGUGAAAACCUUAAAUUUUAAGUUGGAAAAUCUCGAGAAGAAGGCAAAAGCUGAGAACGCAAAAGCUGAGAACGCAAUUAAUAUUCAUGCUAAUGAUAUUUCCUCUCCUAAAACCACCCAUGUGAAUAAUGAAAUGCAUGUUAUGAGUAUAAGUAACCUUAUUCCCUCUCCUAAAACCACCCAUGUGAACAAUGAAAUGCAUGUUAUGAGUAUAAGUAACCUUAUUGUUGAUGACUCUGAAGAAAUUAGCAUUGUUUCUAGCGUUAAUGACCCGUACCACACUAAUGUUGGUCACAAUACGUGUAAUGGAAAUCAACCGAGUGGCUCUUUACCUAAGGAACCUUGUUAUCCACAUGAGUCUAAUCAACAACAAAGUAUUCCAGUUCGUAUUACCUCAAUUAGGAAAUCAAAACAAACCCGUAAAAAAGUUAACUUGAGACAAACAGAGCUCAACCGUUCAAAUACGGUUUAUAGCGUGGAAAGUUGUGUAUCUACACAGGGGAGUAAACAAUCAAGAUCAUCCGACAAAAACAAAAGUCAUAACAAUCACAGAAAAACUAACAAUGAGGGUUUUUGUACGGGUCUCUCGAUGAGAGACAAAAUAGGAUGGUUCAACUUUUAUUACUGA